AUGGAUCGUCAAGAAUUGAUUUUCAAGACUAAAAAUCGGACAGUAAUGGAAACUUCGAUGCAUGAGAAUUUCACAUAUCACGCGUGUGCAAAUGUAAUUCAAGAUCGAGAAAAUGCGAUCGAUGGAUCUCUUGAGAAUGCGAACCCUCGACAUCGAAUUGUGAAAAAUGGAAGAAUUUUGGAGAAUUUUAUAAUCGGAGAAGUUGAUUUUAGGCAACACGAAACAAUUGGAAAUUCUUCGCAUGCUGAGGACUAUGUUUAUCCUAUGGAAUAUCAUUGGAUUUAUUCGGAGGAUUUUGGAUUUCUCAGUUACUUGGUCCAGGUUUUAGAUUGUAAACGGGGUGCGAAUUGA